CAUGACUCGUGCCCUCUACGGGCUAGUCAUCACCCGUGAUCUGUCACUUUUAAUUUCAGUGAGCCGUGGAACACCAACGAUUGUUACAUCACUCUACCUCUGUCCAGGCACGAAGUUAUUAGUAUUCGUUACCUUCCUUGAGCAGUUCAUUCCAUCAUAGCCACCUCACUUAGCCAGCCACCAAGAAUCAAAAGCGAAGUUGAUAGUACAGGAAUUAGUUUCUUCCUCUGAGAUUGUGGAUUAGGCCUACUCAACUUUCUGAGCCGAACUGAGCUUCUUUUCUUCUCCAACAAAAUGCAGCUACUCCUUGCUCUCCUGUCACUCACAGCUCUCAUCACCUCCAGCUAUUGCGUUCGAAUCCCCCUCUUUGCCACCCUUCGUCACCUUCAACACGAGAUCGACAACCUUAAGGCGGAAGUGGUCGUCCUACGCCAGACACAGGAUCAAUGUCACCCUACAGAAGCUCCUCCUACAGAUGUUGGAAAGAAUAAAGACGCGGCUGUUACGGUAAACUUCGCCUCAUGUCGGCUGACAAAGAGCGAGAACGGAGAGGUUGUGGGCAGAGUCGAUCUUCGAGAACAGAGUGAUACGAACGUACUUCAGCUCCGUCUGCAGGUUGAUGGUGCGAAGCUCACUUUGGCGGCAAACAGCAAACAUGGAUUUCAUGUGCACACCUAUGGCAACAUCAGUGGUUCAUGCUCAACCACCGGAGGACAUUACAACCCUGAUGGCGUAGAUCACGCCAGCCCAACUUCAGCACAGAGGCAUGUUGGCGACCUAGGUAAUGUUCAAGCGGACGCCUCAGGGAAUAUCGAUGUGAGUUUCAACGAUACUUAUGCAUCGCUGACAGGAACAAAGGCUAUCAUGGGACGAGCAUUCGUGCUUCAUGGAGGAGAAGACGAUAUUGGCCUGGGAGGUAACGCUGGCAGUCUGGCGAGCGGCAACGCCGGACCUCGAUUGGCUUGCUGCGUCAUCGGCUGGGCUACUGGCACAGAUUGGGUUUACUAAGUAAUUAUUGUUCUUUAAUUACAAAGAUAUCUCUAAAAUUCACCCAUGCGUACAUUUUUAUUACUCUUUUGCACAUUUUCUACGAUUUUUUGAUAUCGACACAUUAUUAUGAUUUGGUGUCAGAUAAAACAACUGAGUACCAAUCCUGUGACAGAAUGUUACGAUUUUUUUGGUCGAAUAUGGAACAUGCUUGUCAAGUGUUGUAAUGUACUCAGGGGCGGACUGGGACUACAAUGCGGUUGAGGAAAUUUCGAAGCAAACGGCCCACUCAACAUAUCAGCCGGCCCUCAGACCACAAAUCGACCUACCCUCAAGC